GUUUCAUCUGGCGCGCGCCUUUGCCUGCGUCGUGCAGCUCAUAAGGUUUUAUCGAUGCGGUGUUGCUUCACUUUCAGUCAGGGGACAGACGCACAGGACGGGGAGUGUUGCUGCUGCUUAGCUGCUCACAGUUCAGCUCAGUCCAGGUCCAAUCACGCCGGAACAGUCUGGCAUUCCCUCAGUGGUUCGCCGGAGGAUGCGCAUCUGGAUCGGUUUGAGUGACGAGGUUCUCCCUGUCUUUCAUCCCGCGCAGAGGAAGUUAUAACACCGGUUGGGAGCACUUAGGGUAUUUUUUGGAGAAAAUGGCAGGCGCAAAGUGCCUUUUGAAAACGCCGAGUAACUUCCAGUCAUCUGCCAUGUUUGAGGGAUCUGUGUCUGGCGAGGUGGAAGGAGGCAGCACAGAGAGCACUGUUGUUUCAUCCAUCAGCGCCUGCAAGAGGGUUCUGUGCAGCAACAGCGUCCUGGACUCAUGCGAGUACUGGCUGAAGAAUGAAAAGACUCUUUGCAGACUGGGCCUGCUGGAUGAAGAUGCAGAUACCAGCUGCACCCUGAUGUGUUUUGUGAAUCUGGACCCUCAAAAAACAAACUGUCGAGAUGAUAAAAACAACAAGAAAUUGGCAUCAGUGUCUCCAGACCUGCCAAAACUUGUUGAAUUACUGACUGUCCACCAGCCCAAAGAAAAUGAGAUCCUACUGCUUGGUGGCCUGGGAACCUCAGAAACAUGCCAAACACACCCACACUCCCCCCUGCAGGGCGGGCAGCGCACAGGUGUGUGUCUGCUUCCAUGUUCAGGGAAGGGGCACUCCAUCUCCUCUGCCAGCAUCAUCUUUGAGAUCAACAAGUUUCUGAUUGGGAUGCAGUGGGUAAAGGAGCGACAGUUUCAGCAGGGCCGAGCUGCUGGACAGAAAGUUGAUGAUGACACCAGUUGUUUGAUAUCAUCCAUUGAAGAGGACUUCCAGACAGCAUCAGAACACCUCGGAGAGGACAGUGAAGAUGAUGGCUUAAGAAAUGAACCAGAGAGUAGUGAUGUAGGGCACAGCUCAGUCGAGGCUGCACAGAAACACAGUGUCAAACAUCUAUGUCACGGGGGACAGCUGGCUCGUCAUCACAGCCAGGAUGAUAGUGACGUAAAAAGGGAGGAGCUUCCAAGUGCAAGUCUUCAUACAAAGGAAUCCGCUGGCCAAUACGCAACCAAUCUAGCUGAGUCGGUGUUGCAAGAUGCCUUCAUACGACUUUCUCAAGAUGAAGCUUCCUUUGUCCCUGAGGCAGCAAUCAGCGUGUCCCUCUCUAGCUGUCCUUCCAACAGACCUUCAAAGACCAAACAGCCUUCACAACAGCGCACCUGCUCUUUUGAACUACCCAAAAUAGUCAUAGUUCAGAGCCCAGACAAUUUGGACGGACCUGCAGAAUGGUCAGAGACACAACCAUCACAUGUGCAUGAUUAUGAUAUCCCUGCCAAAGCAGAGGAAAUGCCUGAGACUGGAACCCAGGCUCCAACUCAUAAACAGAGUGGUGGACACAAACAUGUUGAGAUGGCUUUGGCCUUAGCAGCCACUGUUAUUGGCACCAUUUCUUCCCCACAACUGACUGAAAAAAUUAGUCUUGAAUCUGCUUCAGUAGAGAUAACAGCGGAUGAGCUGCAGGAAAUAAAGGAAAGGAGUGACUAUUCUGUCUCCUCAGCUAUGUGUGGUAUGGCUCAAGUAGCAGGAGCAGUAGCGGCAGUUGAGUUAACUGAGGAAUCAGUAGGAAUUGGUGAUUCUGAUGGAGAUUCCACUGAGGUCUUCACACCCUCCCACGGUCUGAUGUCUGCAGCCAAGGCCUCCACAGCCUUCCCACUGCACUGCAGUGUGGCAGCAGGUACAAGUGUGGAGGCAUUUCGAGCUAAUAUUGCUGAAGUUUUGCACAGGGAAGCAGCAGAGGUCUUGACUCAACCACAAGGCUACAAAAGUGUGGCAGACUUGCUGGAGACCACACAUAACAAAAUAGUGGAUGGUAUUACCUGUCCCAAAAAAUACUGCAUGGAUGAAAGCAAGGUGGACGACCUAAUAAAUGAGGUUGCUGACAGCCUAUUCAAACAUGCUUUAGAGAAGGCUAGAAAGAAAAAGGAACUAGAUGGUGCUGGAAAGGAUGCUCCCAGCCUCCAGGUCUUUCUUCAGGACAGUGUAAACAACUUGCUAUUUGAAAUUCUCUGCUUGACCCAGAAGAAGAUCAGUCAUAUUUCUACGGGUGAGCAAAGGACAGAGGAAGCACCAGAGACUGAUAUUUUUCAGAUGCCUGCUGCUGCAAAGGAGAGCAAGGCUCCAUUAAGUCAACUGAAGAGCUUGGUUGGUAAUAGUCAUUCCACGAAUUGCGAGAACCUGAGUGGCAUGUUCCACUGCGCAGAGAGGUUUUCGAUGGCUUCUGGACUGAAGCAGAAGCAGGUACCUGAAGAAGGGGACAUAAUGGCUUCUUCCUCCACAGCACACUUUAAAGAACAGUUGCAAUCCCAACGCAGACAAAGUCAGCCUAAACCUAAAGACUUAAAUGAUCAUCAGCAGAACAAUGGUACCAUCAGAGAACCUUUAUGUGAAAUAUCAGCUCACAUCACAGAGAGGAGGGGUCGUUUAGUGAUGGGCAGUGAGAGCAAACAGACCGCUCUAAUCUCACAGUCCUCUCUCAAUUCCUGCAGUUCUCUUCUCUCCUUAAGAGUGGACUCUGACUCCAGGGCACCUAUCACUUGUUAUGCUGAAGAUCUGGCUGCUACAGUGGUGUCAAUGGCCACAGAGCUGGCGGCCAUCUGUCUGGAAAACUCCACCGGGAAACAGCCUUGGUUUUGUGCCCUUAACGGGACAUCUACCGAAGUAACAGAGACCUACUUGAUGCCAGCUUGCCGCACUGUUUUAAGGCUAAAAGAGUCUCAAAGCAGCAAUGCGGCCUCUAGAAAACACCGGGCACCCCGACUCAGUGAGAUUAAGAGAAAAACAGAGGAGCAACCAGAACUAAUGGAGAGGCUGGUUAACCGUGUGGUGGAUGAAUCAGUCAACCUUGAUGAACCGCAAGAUCCGUUUGCCCUCUUCGCCUCUGAAGUCUCAGCGAGAAUCAUGAAUUGCCCUGAACUCAACGUGGUGGAUACCUCCAAGACAGGCCAGCAGCGCAGCAGGCUACAGUGUGAAAAGUGGAGUCGUGGAAAGGCGUCAAGUUAUGAGAGCAUUCCAGAAGAAGACACAGACCCCUCAGGCGCACCCAACACCCUGGGCCCAGGCAGUCGGUUAGGUCAGAACCUAAGCCGUGGUAGUUCAAUUUCUAAGCAGUCCAGCUGUGAGAGCAUCACAGAUGAGUUCUCACGGUUCAUGGUAAACCAAAUGGAGACUGAGGGUAGAGAGUUUGACCUGCUGCUGGAUUACUACGCAGGGAAGAAUGCCAGCACCAUCCUGGCUGCAGCUGUGCAGCAGGCUGCAACAAAGAAAAAUGGUCAACUUAAUGUCAGAGCAUCUUCCUGCCUGUCUAAGCAGUCUAGCACAGAGAGCAUCACAGAGGAAUUCUACCGUUUCAUGCUCCGAGACAUGGACAAGGAGAACAAAGACUAUGGUAUUGCCAAAACUAAAGAAUGGAGCAACAGUCUUUUCCCGCCUACUCCUAGAACACCCUUCUGUAUUCGGCAGUCUUCUGUCCCAGACCGGCGCUCCUCAGACUCCCGAUUGACAGUCAACUCGCCCAUAAAAGCCAACUCUUUUGAUGGAUUUGUCCGCAAUGUAUAUGGAGACACUCUAAAUAUCUUUCCCACCAACUCAGUAUCAGCAACAGGAUUGUGCAAGUCUGACUCCUGCCUCUAUCAAAGGGGGAAGACUGAUCAGAUUACGGACUUGCUGAUCCAUGAGACCUGGUCAAGCUCUAUUGAGUCCUUAAUGAGAAAGAACAAGAUCAUUGCUGAUCCAGAGGACAGUAUCGAGUUGGAGGCUUCAGGAGACUCCCAGCCUCAUGUGUGGCAAUUUGCCAAUCGACUGGCAGCUGACAUUGUUCAUAUUGGCAAGGCUGCACUUGGAGGACAGCAAGAUGUUGCUGAGACAACGCCUGGGUCACACACACAGCCGCACACGCCUGUUGUUGAGAGGAGAAGGGGGUUUAAACAGUCUCAUCUGACUUGCAGUCGCAGUAGGUCCAGCCAGGAGCAAGCUGGUUUGGGCCUAGGGUCUGGAAGUUGUGAUAGCAAUACUCCCUGCACCAGAGGUCCCAGAGAUGUGCCACUCAUCCAUAUUGAGGGAGAUCAAAGGGUUGAAGAGACUCUUUCAAAGCCUGAAAGGACAGGAGCAGGGCCAGAGGAAACAUCUGUAAAUGCAAUGCGAAUGGAGAUACCUAUUGCCAGUAGCAGCAGCAGUGAGAGGGACAGACCAGCUGUGGCAGUGGCUGCAGUAGUGAAGAGGGACAAACGUUCAAUGAGUACUAGCAGUGAAGAGAGCAUGGGGAGCUGGUCUCAUAUAACUCCUGAAGAUGACCCCCACGAGGAGACCAGUAGUUUUAUCCAGCUGAGUGAGGGGAAUGGGACCAGCAGUGCAUCAAGCCUUGGCCUGGCAGACCUGGAUGCUUUUUCUGAUGUCCCCUCUCAAAGCACAGUGAUCAGUGAGGAGACAAAGAAAAGCCACCUGGAGGGAAAUAAGGUCAAUGCUUUAGAGAGCUCUUCAGGAAGUCCUGCAGGCAGCAGCAGUCACCUCAGGCAGCUUUUAGUGGUGAAUUGUGACCUGGAACAAGAAUGUGAGGACUCUGAACUCAGAGUGGCUCUGCAGUGGAUCGCCGCCUCCGAGUUGGGCCUUCCUGCUCUCUACUUCAGGAAGUCAAAGGAGAAGAGGUUAACAAAGUUUCAGAGUGUGGUCCAUCUGAUGGCCCAGAAGGCGUGGCGGAUUGCAGACUUGUUCAGCGCCGUGGUUCAGUUCUGUAAGCUACAUGAGACUGAGGUGGACAAGUCUCUUCGGGCCAGCCUUUUUGACUGGCUUUUGGAAACCCUUUAGGACAAACUGACCUCCUCUUGCUGCUAACAGAAACACACACAGUCGUGUGAGUUUGUUACUGUUUGCCCUGUCCUGGCUCAUCUCUGUGUCUCUUAACGUAAAUCACAGCUUUGUUGCCAUGACUGAGAAAUUCAGAAGUCUCAUGUGGUUGCCAGUUUACAGGUAGAAUUUGACCAGCUUCCCUUUAACUCAAGCAUGUUUUUGUUUUCCAUUCCAUCUCUCAAGUGAGUUGCCAACAAACUUAAAGCAAAUACCAGCUGUAUAUGGCCGAAACAUUCCUGAUGGGAGCCAACUUUAAGCUAUCUAAAGUUUUUAAAGGUCAACAGGCUUUAACAACUCCAAAAUUACAUAUUAUGUAAAAAUAUUAUGUAAAAACCUCUGAAAUAAAAACCUUGUGACUAUAGCAAAAUCAAAGCUCUCAAACAUGUUGAAUCGAAAUGGCUCAUAUUUUGGAUCAUAUUUGCUCUACACAAGCAAAUCCUCCACAUCUGUGUUUUGUUCCUUGGCCAAUGUGCCGCCACUGUAGUGACUUUGAAAUUCAUUCCUGAGUCAGUAUGUUGUUUAGCUUCCCGUUACCUGAGAUCUGUUUAUUUUGGACAGCCAUACUGUAAAUACUGUAGAUUUGGAACUGUUGCACCUUGGAGUAGUGGACUGCUCUCUAUAGCUUUUAAUAUGUUCAAGAGACAAAGUGAGGUUUGUAACGUUAAAUUUGUAUGUGGAUUUGCUUGUCUAUUUCUCUACUUUGUGGUAAAAUAGUGCAACAUCAGCAUCGGACAUGGGUGGGGGGCAAAAAAAAAAAAGCACACAAUUCAUCUGUAAACUCUGUCACAAUAGAACUGAAUGUAUUUAUCUUUUGACAUGAAUAAAUUUCUGUGAUGUGAAGAAAAA